CGCGGCGGCGCCUGUGCCUCCCCGCGCGACGAACCAGCUGGAGCCGGGGCUCGGGUGCCGCGCGCAGCCAACCAGCGUGCGGGGGGCAGGGGGCGCAGCCGAACCGGGCGGCGCUGUCAGAGCGCCCGCACUAGCGACGGAGCCGCUUGGCCGCGGAGCACGCGGGGCCGCCGAGGAGGUCUCUUCCACACUCGUGGGGGCUCCAGCCACCGACCAGGGCCGCAGAGAUGGCCGGGGCCUCGGUGAAGGUGGCGGUGCGUGUCCGCCCCUUCAACUCCCGGGAGAUGAGCCGUGACUCCAAGUGCAUCAUCCAGAUGUCGGGAAGCACCACCACCAUCAUCAACCCUAAGCAGCCCAAGGAGACGCCCAAGAGCUUCAGCUUCGACUACUCCUACUGGUCGCACACCUCGCCCGAGGACAUCAACUACGCCUCGCAGAAGCAGGUGUACUGUGACAUCGGGGAGGAGAUGCUGCAGCACGCCUUCGAGGGCUACAAUGUGUGCAUCUUUGCCUACGGGCAGACGGGUGCCGGCAAGUCCUACACCAUGAUGGGCAAGCAGGAGAAGGACCAGCAGGGCAUCAUCCCCCAGCUCUGUGAAGACCUCUUCUCUCGGAUCAAUGACACGACCAACAACAACAUGUCCUACUCUGUGGAGGUCAGCUACAUGGAGAUCUACUGUGAGCGUGUCCGCGACCUUCUGAACCCCAAAAACAAGGGCAACCUGCGCGUGAGGGAGCACCCCUUGCUGGGGCCCUACGUGGAGGACCUCUCCAAGCUGGCUGUCACCUCCUACAAUGACAUCCAGGACCUCAUGGACUCAGGGAACAAGGCCAGGACUGUGGCAGCCACAAACAUGAAUGAGACCAGCAGCCGCUCCCAUGCUGUCUUCAACAUCAUCUUCACCCAGAAGCGUCAUGAUGCAGAGACCAACAUCACCACAGAGAAGGUGAGCAAGAUCAGCCUGGUGGACCUGGCUGGCAGCGAGCGGGCUGACUCCACCGGGGCCAAGGGCACACGCCUCAAGGAGGGCGCCAACAUCAACAAGUCCUUGACCACACUGGGGAAAGUCAUCUCCGCCCUGGCAGAAAUGGACUCUGGACCCAAUAAGAACAAGAAGAAGAAGAAGACGGAUUUCAUCCCCUACCGAGACUCUGUGCUGACCUGGCUGCUCCGGGAAAACCUGGGUGGCAACUCGAGGACGGCUAUGGUGGCAGCCCUGAGUCCUGCAGAUAUCAACUACGAUGAGACCCUCAGCACGCUGAGGUACGCUGACCGCGCCAAGCAGAUCCGCUGUAAUGCCGUCAUCAACGAGGACCCCAACAACAAGCUGAUCCGAGAGCUGAAGGAUGAGGUGACCCGGCUUCGGGACCUGCUCUACGCCCAGGGUCUCGGUGACAUCACGGAGACCAACACUGUGCCCGGAGGACCCAAAUACCUGUCCGACCUUGAGAACAAUAACCUUAACCUCGGUGAGGCCGCCCUGAGUCCAGCCCCUGACCCUCUCUCCACAGUGACCAAUGCCCUGGUGGGCAUGAGCCCCUCGUCCUCGCUCUCAGCCCUGUCUAGCCGUGCGGCCUCCGUGUCUAGCCUUCACGAGCGCAUCCUGUUUGCCCCAGGCAGUGAGGAGGCCAUUGAAAGGCUGAAGGAGACCGAGAAGAUCAUUGCCGAGCUCAAUGAGACCUGGGAAGAGAAGCUUCGUCGGACAGAAGCCAUCCGGAUGGAGAGGGAAGCGCUGCUGGCUGAGAUGGGCGUGGCCAUGCGGGAGGACGGAGGCACCCUGGGCGUGUUCUCUCCCAAAAAGACGCCGCAUCUGGUCAACCUGAACGAGGACCCGCUGAUGUCCGAGUGCCUCCUCUACUACAUCAAGGACGGGAUCACCAGAGUGGGCAGGGAGGACGCAGAGAGGCGGCAGGACAUCGUCCUGAGCGGGCACUUCAUCAAGGAGGAGCACUGUGUCUUCCGGAGCGACACGCGGGCAGGCAGCGAAGCUGUGGUGACCCUGGAGCCCUGUGAGGGUGCAGAUACGUACGUCAACGGCAAAAAAGUGAUGGAGCCCAGCAUCCUGCGGUCAGGGAACCGUAUCAUCAUGGGUAAGAGCCACGUGUUCCGGUUCAACCACCCCGAGCAGGCCCGGCAGGAGCGCGAGCGCACACCCUGUGCGGAGACGCCCGCUGAGCCUGUGGACUGGGCCUUUGCGCAGCGUGAGCUGCUGGAGAAGCAGGGCAUUGACAUGAAGCAGGAGAUGGAGCAGAGGCUCCAGGAGCUGGAGGACCAGUACCGCCGGGAACGUGAGGAGGCCACCUACCUGCUGGAGCAGCAGAGGCUGGACUAUGAGAGCAAGCUGGAGGCGCUGCAGAAGCAGAUGGAGUCCAGGUACUACCCGGAGGUGGCCGAGGAGGAAGAGGAGGAGCUGGAGGAUGAAGUCCAGUGGACAGAGCGGGAGUGUGAGCUAGCGCUGUGGGCUUUCCGAAAGUGGAAGUGGUACCAGUUCACGUCCCUGCGGGACCUGCUGUGGGGCAAUGCCAUCUUCCUCAAGGAGGCCAACGCCAUCAGCGUGGAGCUGAAGAAGAAGGUCCAGUUCCAGUUUGUCCUCCUCACGGACACUCUCUACUCCCCACUGCCACCGGAUCUGCUGCCCCCGGAGGCCGCCAAGGACCGAGAGACUCGCCCCUUCCCCCGCACCAUAGUGGCCGUGGAAGUCCAGGACCAAAAGAACGGGGCCACUCACUACUGGACGCUGGAGAAGCUCAGGCAGCGCCUGGACCUGAUGCGAGAGAUGUACGACAGGGCAGCAGAGGUGCCUUCCAGCGCCGUCGAGGACUGCGAGAACGUGGUGACCGGCGGGGACCCUUUCUACGACCGCUUCCCCUGGUUCCGACUGGUGGGCAGUUCAGCCGUCUCUGGCUGCAGCAGCUACCCUCUUCUCAACACAUGCAUGAGCGAGCGCAUGGCUGCUCUCACCCCCUCCCCCACCUCCUCGAGCCCCGACUCCGACUCCGAAGCCACCGAGCCUGCCGAGGAGCAGAGUGUGGGGGAGGAGGAGGAGGAGGAGGAGGAGGAGGAGGAGGAGGAGGAGGAGGAGGACCUGGAGGACGACGUCUUUCUGGAGCGCGCGCUGUGCGACGGCCGGGACCCGUUUUACGACCGGUCCCCCCUGUUCAGUGUAGUAGGAAGGGCCUUCGUGUACCUGAGCAACCUGCUGUACCCCGUGCCCCUGGUGCACCGCGUGGCCAUCGUGAGCGAGAAGGGCGAGGUGAAGGGCUUCCUGCGUGUGGCCGUGCAGGCCAUCUCAGCUGACGAGGAGGCCCCUGACUAUGGCUCCGGUGUCCGCCAGUCGGGAACUGCGAAGAUCUCUUUCGAUGACCAGCAUUUUGAAAAGUUCCAGUCCGAGUCCUGCCCUGUGGUGGGGAUGUCCCGCUCGGGGACCUCCCAGGAAGAACUCCGCAUCGUGGAGGGCCAGGGCCAGGGUGCUGAUGUAGGGCCCUCGGCCGAUGAGGUCAACAACAACAGCUGCUCCGCAGCAGUGCCCCCGGAUGGACUCCUCCUGGACAGCCCUGAGAAAGCCACCCUGGACCACCUCCACCUGGGCAGCACCUUCACCUUCCGUGUGACUGUCCUGCAGGCGUCCAGCAUCUCUGCCGAAUACGCCGACAUCUUCUGUCAGUUCAACUUCAUCCACCGGCACGACGAGGCCUUCUCCACGGAGCCCCUGAAGAACACAGGCAGGGGCCCCCCACUCGGCUUCUACCACGUCCAGAAUAUCGCAGUGGAGGUGACCAGGUCCUUCAUCGAGUACAUCAAGAGCCAGCCCAUCGUGUUUGAGGUCUUCGGCCACUACCAGCAGCACCCCUUCCCACCCCUCUGCAAGGACGUGCUCAGCCCCCUGAGGCCUUCCCGCCGCCACUUCCCUCGUGUCAUGCCGCUGUCCAAGCCAGCCUGGUGCUCCUUACCCUGGUCUGACGUGCCGAGGGCCGUGCCUGCCACCAAGCUCAGCACACUGACCCGUCCCUGCCCUGGGCCCUGCCACUGCAAGUACGACCUGCUGGUCUACUUUGAGAUCUGCGAGCUGGAGGCCAAUGGCGACUACAUCCCAGCCGUGGUCGACCACCGCGGGGGCAUGCCCUGCAUGGGGACGUUCCUCCUGCACCAGGGCAUCCAGAGACGGAUAACCGUGACGCUGCUGCAUGAGACAGGCAGUCACAUCCGCUGGAAGGAAGUGCGGGAGCUGGUCGUGGGUCGUAUCCGAAACACUCCAGAAACCGACGAGUCCUUGAUUGACCCCAACAUCCUCUCUCUCAACAUCCUCUCCUCUGGCUACCUCCACCCAGCCCAGGAUGACCGGCAGUUUCUUGAUUCGGACAUCCCUAGCGUGUCCUUCGGAAUUGACACUAGGACUUUCUACCAGUUCGAGGCAGCGUGGGACAGCUCCAUGCACAACUCGCUCCUGCUGAACCGUGUCACACCGUACCGGGAGAAGAUCUACAUGACCCUGUCCGCCUACAUCGAGAUGGAGAACUGCAUGCAGCCGGCCGUCGUCACCAAGGACUUCUGCAUGGUCUUCUACUCCCGCGAUGCCAAACUGCCAGCCUCGCGCUCCAUCCGAAACCUGUUCGGCAGCGGAAGCCUGAGGGCUGCAGAGGGCAACCGCGUGACAGGCGUGUAUGAGCUCAGCCUAUGCCAUGUGGCCGACGCCGGUAGCCCAGGAAUGCAGCGGCGCCGCCGGCGGGUGCUGGACACGUCUGUGGCCUACGUCCGGGGCGAGGAGAACCUAGCUGGCUGGCGGCCCCGGAGCGACAGCCUGAUCCUGGACCACCAGUGGGAACUGGAGAAGCUGAGCCUCCUGCAGGAGGUGGAGAAGACCCGGCACUACCUGCUCCUGCGGGAGAAGCUGGAGACCACACAGCGGCCUGGGCCCGAGGCACUGUCCCCAGCCUCCAGCGAGGACUCUGAGUCCCGAAGCUCCUCUGGUGCCUCCUCCCCGUUGUCGGCUGAGGGCCGCCCUUCGCCCCUGGAGGCUCCCAGUGAGAGGCAGCGGGAGCUGACCGUCAAGUGCCUGCGUCUCCUCAUGCACACGUUCAACAGGGAGUACACGCACAGCCACGUCUGCAUCAGCGCCAGUGAGAGCAAGCUCUCGGAGAUGUCUGUCACGCUGCUGCGGGACCCAUCCAUGUCCCCUCUGGGCGCAGCCACACUCACCCCGUCCUCCACCUGCCCCUCUCUGGUUGAAGGGCGCUACGGUUCCCCCGAUGUGAGGACCCCACAGCCCUGCUCCCGGCCCUCCAGUCCAGAGCCCGAGCUGGUGCCCGAGACCCACUCCAAGAAGCCCCCCUCGCCUGUCCAGGCGGCAGAGUCAGAAAAGGAGCCCCAGCGUCUGCUAGUCCCCGACAUCCAGGAGAUCCGUGUCAGCCCAAUCGUGUCCAAGAAGGGUUACCUGCACUUCCUGGAGCCGCACACGGCUGGCUGGGCCAAGCGCUUCGUGGUGGUCCGGCGCCCCUACGCCUACAUGUACAACAGUGACAAGGACACCGUGGAGAGGUUCGUGCUCAACCUCUCCACCGCCCAGGUGGAGUACAGUGAGGACCAGCAGGCCAUGCUCAAGACACCCAACACGUUUGCUGUGUGCACGGAGCACCGUGGCAUCCUCCUGCAGGCCAGCAGCGACAAGGACAUGCAUGACUGGCUGUAUGCGUUCAACCCGCUGCUGGCGGGGACCAUACGGUCCAAGCUAUCCAGGAGGAGGUCUGCACAGAUGCGGGUCUGAGCCGGAGCCCUUCCGCCCACCCGUGGCCCGGCCCUUCUGUCCGUCCCAUCUGUCCUGUCAUCCGCUGCCCGGUCCCUCCCCGCCAGGGGCGCCCUGCUGGGCCCAGCGACCCCUCUGGCCGGCCUCGGCCUGCGCACUGAGGCUGCGGCCCCCCACGCAAGCUGCACGUGGUGUCUUCUCUUCUUCCAGGACCGCUGGGGGGAGUUGAGACGUGCAGAGAGGCCGGGGCACAGGCUGGAGGCGCUGCCCUCUCCUGGUUUUUUAAGCAUAGACAGACUUAUGAUUAAUCUCUGCUAGGUAGUGAUGUUCAGACAGUCCACUGAGAAAUUAACUCUGAGACUCUGUACUAUUUAUAAGUAUUUAUUUCUAAUGCCUUGUAGCCCUGUGAGAUCCACAUGUCCCCACCCUUCUCCCACGUGCUCGCCACCCUGCCGGGGGCAGGACUAGGGGACGCCCCUGUCCAGCCCAGGCUUCUCAGAGGGCAGGGCCAGAGGCGCAUGGGGUCUGCAGGUGCCUGAGCCUGGCGGGCGGCUCCCAAGGUGGGCACUGAGGGCACCGCUGGCAGCUCGAGAGUGAGCUGGUCUGAGACCAGGCCCAGGGACAGUCCUGGGCAGGGCUGGGGGAGGAGGUCAGGGUCCCCAUGGGGGUCUCCAGGCCAGCGGGCCAGGCGCCUGGGCUGGGCGCAGGGCUGUGGGGCGGUGGCAUUAGGGUGAGGGCCCCAGCCUUGGCGGUGGCAAGAGGUUGCCACAGGGCGCUCCUGGAAGGAAGGGCUCAAGUUCCUCGCAGCUGCUGUCCUCUCUGCCCCAAGGGCCUGUCUGAGGUCCCGUGAAGGGUCCCUGGGAGGUGUGUCCUGUCGGGCAGGCAAGGGUGACCAUGUGCUGGCUGUUGUCACGGGGCUCUUCUGCAUCUGGGGUCAUUUGGAAACAGGAACCAAGUGGGCCGCAUGCACAGGGCGGGGUGCGCCAGGAGCCAGGCUGUCCCGAGAUGCAGACACGCACGAGUCCAUGCCCCACGGCCGGAAGUGUGCACAGCAUCUCUCCUGGGGGAUGAGCUGGGGAUGCGUGGCCUCUGCUCCACACUGACUAGGAAAGUUCCAGCUCGAGGUUUUCCCUUGGGCAGUACCCAGGCCCCUCAGCCUCUGCCCCACGGCAGGGCCUGGGGGAGCAGGGAGCUCGGCUCCCGUACCUUGUCUGUAAACAUCAGGUCCUGGAAACCACACCAUGAAGCCAGGACUUGCUGCUCUUUUCGAGCCCCCAGGCCAGGGUGCCCACCCAGACCAAAAGUAACCCUUGACCAGGACCAAGGGGCAGUGCUGCCUGCCGUGAGCCUGGAAGGUGGGUGGAGGCAGAGGUAACAGCACGACUCGCUCAGGCUCCCGUGCUGGCGCUGUGACCAACUCCAGGCAGGGAGGAGAGGCUGGCUCCCAGGGCAGGUCCCCAAAGAAGAAGGGUCAGGCCCACUGCACCACACAGGUCAGCCAGCCUGAAGCUGUGGUGCAGGGCUCUGGGCCCAGCCAGUGCACGGUGCCUGAGGCCAGCCAGCCUGCAGAGCACUGCAGCCAGGGGAGUGAAGGAGCCUGAGCCAUGGAGCCGGGGAUGGAUAUUCGGCCUGAACAGACUGGGCUUCUGGCGCUCCCUGCUCUGUGGGAGGUUCCAGGCAGAGCUGGGAGCCCAGAGCUGCUGGCGAGAGAGGUCCGUCCACCCCUCAGGAAGUGCCACCCUGCCUGAGAUUCCCCACGCGUGACAUCAGUGAGGCUGCUCCUGUACCCCUGGGCUCUGGGUUCCACCCUAUGUCAAAGGCUGCCGUUGCGUGGCACAGAGGGACACAUGGUCUGUCUGUGGGCACUGUUUCCUGCUAAGUGUGGAGGUGUGGAAGCUCCAGGAAGCUGCCUCUCCCGGGCCCUUUUCUGAUGCCAAUGCUGCCCAGUCUUGGGGUGGGGAGCGUUCUCCACGAGGGUGAGAAGUCAAGGCCCUACUCAGUGAUGCCAACCUUGUGCUCACCGGCUGCACACACCCCAUGUGCCCUGGGCUGCUGUAGUGACAGCCUUCUCUGCCCGUGCUGGUCCCUGGAGGCCCUGGGCAUUCGGGGUCCCUGGAUGUGGCUGAUGCUGCUCGUGUGAGGGGCUCGAGUGCUGCUCCUUCCUGGCCAUGCCCCAUGUGGGGGACCCUAGAAGCCACGCUCCCUGUCCCUCCCUGUCCCUGGGCCUGGACCUCACCCCUGCAGCAGAGGCCGAGCCCCUGGCUUGUACAUAUGUGAUUGCAGUGGGCACGCCCAGCCCAUGUUGUGACGCCGCCCAUGUAACGAUCCAGUCCUGAUGUCCCACACCGAGUGUUAGCUGUAGGCUCCUGUACCCCUGUGUGCACUCAGCGCUCUGUCUGUGAAGAAAUAAAUGUGGCUCUUACGCAGCACACA